AUGCGAGGGCAGGAAGAGGAGGACGCGAGCAUCAGCGUCAGCAGCUGCAGCAACAGCAAGGAGUGGGUGGCGCCCACUACGCUGGAGGAGAGCGAGAAGAGGGAGCACCACCACAUCACGGGCCCUGUUGCCGUCACCGGCAACAACGACGCCGCCACGGCCACUGCAGCAGCAGUGGUCGCAGCCGCAGAGCCACCACGGGCAGCAGCAGCAGCGCCGCCACCGGCCGCAGCGGCGCCAGCGCCAUCACGGGCGCCAUCAGCGAAGCCGAGCAGCAAGUCCAAGGCGACCUCCAAGAAGGCUGUCUUCGGCUUCUUCCGAAAAUAA